GUCGUCAUUGGCGUCAGGCAAAGUUCAAUGGAAAGUUAGAAUAGCGUCUAUACACUCACACAAAUGGUUCCCGCCGGUGGGCUCACCGGCCAUGACCUCAUUCCUGAUUGAACUCCAAAGCACGAGACCUCCCUAACGAACCGGCCCAUCGCAACAUCAGCGACCGUCAUCACAUCGAGGGUCUCUUGCUACCGCUACAAGAGUCAUGUCGCCGCUGCGUCUGUCUCCCCAGCCAAGCUUACUGAGCCGCAUUAUUUCGAUAUUUCGCAAGUUGAUGCGGGCGCCGUUGUGCAGAUUUAAGCGAAGUCUACCGCGCACGCUGUCGCAGCUGGAGUUGAUACCGCCUGAGGUUCUUGGUUUAAUCAUAGACUUCCUUGACAGGGCCGAUAUCGUCUGCCUAGGAUUGACUAGCCGAGGCCUGCUGAGAACGACUGGGACGUCGUCAUGGCCGAAACGGAAGGAUAGAGCCCUGAGAAUGGUCAUGUUGUCCCGGGUGGCAAGGGAUCUACCGGGAAUGUUCUGCUGCUACUACUGUGCGAAGCUACACCCCUCGAAACUCGUCGGACCGCCCCCAAAUGCACGACUAGGUAGAGGCGAUGAAUGCCCAGAGAUAGGUGGGUGGGUCAGUCACCGCCAGCCUGGCCCAAUUCCCAGCCCUUUGCUCGACGCACACGGUCUUGGGAUCUCCUAUCGUUUCCGGGUAUCGCACCUUGUUCUGGCGAUGAAGAGACAUUACCGGGGUCCAGCGCAUGGUAUCCCGCUCCACAGCUUGGCAUAUACAGAGGUUAUGGCGAGGGACGCAAUGUUCACCACGCUCUUCUCUGUGGAGGCCCGGAUCUGCCCGGCGGAGCAAGGUCCGUCAACGCUUGUUUUGCACCUGCAGGAUUGGGCCCUGAUCCACGACGACGAUUCGGGAGUCGAACAGUUUGCGUGCAUCAUGCGGAACUGGACGAUAUGUCGACACCAAUACUCCGAUACUCUCCAGAACCGUAUUGCGGCGGCCAUCGACUCGCGAGGUUUUGGCCGAGGUCAGUGGCCAGAAGCGGAAGUCCUCGAGUGCCCACAAUGUGGUGUAGAGUUUCAACUGGACUUGCGAGAUUGUGGUGGUGAGGGUAGGGCGGUCGUUGUAACCAAAUGGUUAGAUCUUGGAUCCGGGUUGACGCCAGAUGAUCACAGGCUGUUGGCUCUUGCGAGCCGGGAUUUCCACGGACUAGUUGCCGAUCAGGCAGUUGCGAGCUCGGGGAUGACUAGGCAUCGCUAUCAAGCUGCUUCAGGGCAUGAGGUACAGGAAAACGACAUAAGGGAGCGCAACUAUCGGUAUCUCGCAGAAAGGGAAUAUCGACGUGAGCUAAGUACUAGCUGGCUGGACCCGGGAGUCUGGACGUCGUCCGAGUGAGGCGUCUGAAAAAGAUGCGUGUGCCUUGGAGUGAGAGUCCAAUGCGAAGCAGUCGGGUCCUUCCAGUUUGUAUGCAUUAACAGGAAGAGGGGGAAGCGUUCAAUGACCCUCACGAUGGGUAUCUUCAGCUGCCUCCCUCCUUGCUGGUCUGCGUCGUUUUUCUUCCGACUAGUACCUAUAGUUUCAAGAAUGAUGAGUCUGGCCAUUACCAACGCCAUUUUUGGCACCGUUGGCACGUGGUUUGGGGCAUUGUGCCCGGAAUUGCGGUGGCUAUAUCGGGAUAUUCUGCAAUAACGUCUCCAAAAUUACUUAAAAAAUAUAUGCCGU